UCCUCCCUGGGCCCACCUUGGAAGCUAGAUCUGCAACUGCCCUUCAGUCAUGGUUGUUUCAAGAUUAAAGGCCAUUUCCCUGUCAUUGCCAAGCCUUUUUCUUCUUGCUUUUCAUCUCUCAGCAUCACAGAAUGUACCUGAAUACUCUGAAGCUGAACAUCAGCAGUGUGUCAGGAAAGAACACCCCACAAUUGCUUUUGAAGAUCUGAAGCCCUGGGUGUCCAAUUUCACCUAUCCAGGUGUGCAUGAUUUUUCUCAGCUCGCCCUGGAUGCCAACAGGAACCAGCUCAUUGUGGGAGCAAGCCGUAUGACCUCACCACAUCAUAUCUUCGCUUAGUUCAUCCUGCGGUUCAAAGCCUUGUGGAAAAUGUUUCCUAGAAGAAAAGAAGAUCCCGGGGCUCACCGGGAUUUUGGUUUCAGGAAUUGGACACAGCGUGACCAAAACUGUAAGAGGUAUUGAGGGCACGCUGUGUAGACAGGAAGCUGGAAUAACACGAGCCUCAGAUUUUUAAGCUUUAUCCUUAUCUAAGAGCCCUCCCCGAGUGAGUGGUGGUGUCUGAGCACUAACCAGAGGAGUCUGAUAACUCCACUGCACCAAGCACCUGCCAAGUCAAAAUCCCAGAAACAAAAGAAUUAGUUUCAAAAGCCCACCAUGGUUCCUAAGCAACGUAUUUACUUGUCACAUCAUUUGUAAAAUCCAAACACUUGCAAGUGAGGAUGUGAAUGGUUUAGAGCACUGUAAAUCUCACACUGCCUGUAUUAGGAGCCGCAUUUCACUAAGUAUAAAAACACACGUUUCAAAAAUUCAUAACCUUCAUUUUGAC